GCGUGUGAUUGGUGGGUUGGCUGCGGGUCGGAGGUCGGGGUUGGAGCUGCUGGGCGGUACAUAUUCGAAUCAGUCCGGGAUCCGGUUGUCACGUUUGAGACGGUUCGGGCCAUAUUCGAGUCGGUUUCCUCGGCGCGUUGUACUUGGGUGUAAGGACGCAAAAUGAGCCUGCGAAAGCAAACUCCUAGUGAUUUUCUAAAACAGAUUAUAGGAAGACCUGUGGUGGUCAAGCUGAACUCGGGUGUGGAUUACCGAGGUGUUUUAGCUUGUCUGGAUGGGUAUAUGAACAUAGCUUUGGAACAAACAGAAGAAUAUGUAAAUGGUCAACUUAAGAACAAAUAUGGAGAUGCAUUUAUUCGUGGCAACAAUGUGUUAUACAUAAGCACACAGAAGAGAAGACUUUAGAUGUUGUAUACUGAAUGUUUUUCUAUGUAACUCUGAUCUUUAGCUUUUUUGAAUAUUAUUUGUCUACACAUGGUUUCUUGAAUAAGAAUGAUUUUUUUUUAAUACAGAAGUAUGUGUCUUAGUUUGGUUUACCAGAUAGUGGCUGUAAUGUAUAUGUCAAUCACAUGUUAUUCAGGCAAGCACUCUCCUGUUUUGGAAGUGUUGUAUAAAAUUAAGACAAAACAAUAUGUUUUGAGAGAAGCUAAUAUAGUGCUGAAAAUAUUGUGAAUAAAGGACUUGAAGUACA